AUGUUGAUGGACGAACUCGCUGUUCAUGUUGAGGGUCUAGUUGCCACUUUGGACCGCAUGAGGCUCGCGCAGGAGGCGUUGCCGACUCAACAAACACCCUCAUCCGAUAUUGACUCCGACUCUGACGCGGAAGAUUUGGCACGGCUGCGCUGCGAAAUGAUGCCUGCCACAUCAAAUUCGGGUACCAUAUCCGAGGAUCUCACUUCUCGCCGUGCCGCGCAUGUGGCUCUUCGCAACACAGGUCACUCCAGCUCCCACAGGCUGACCACCGAACGUUUGCGUACCUUUGAAUCGGCUAACUCCCGCAGCGCGCCCGUCUCCCCUGUACGCCCUCGGACAAGGGCGCCAGUUGCUAGAGAAGCCCUUACACGGUUCUCGAACACUCCCCGUCCCCCUGCUUUCCCAUCGGCUAUCGCAUCCCCAUGUGGCACUCCAACUUCCCAGCGCGACCCUUCGUCCAUGCAGGUGCCUCGCUUCAGCACACCGGGGUCAUCGCGCAGCCGCGUCAGGAGUGUGCCCAGCGUUGCUCAUGGACUGGCACUCGGCGCUAAUGUUGUGCACAACACGUCUUCCAUCCCCGUUACUGCCCGCAACCUAGGCUUGAGCAGAGAUGCGCCACCGCCAUAUACGGAACAGACACCGUGUUCGGACAAUUAUGCACCGCCCCCCUCCACGCCCAGCUCGUCUUAUGGAACGUUUGACACCAUUCCUACCGGAUCAAGCUCGUCUGGGAGCUCGUCUUCCCGUGCAUCAUCUCGUCGGUCCGUACCUGCAGUGCCGCCGCUGCGGAACAUUGGCACAUCGCGGUCAGAUGCACCUAAUCACGGAGUCCUUUACUACCACUACCCUCGGCCAGGCCAUAUUCGCGGUAAAAAAUACAUCACCGUCACUGUCGGACGCGAGGUCGGCGUCUUCGCCAACUGGAAUGAAGCCAAGCACUACGUCAUUGGAUGCCCUGACAAUGCUUACCAGGGCUACCGCACGCUCGAGGAUGCACACGACGUAUUCCUGCAAACUUGGAGGGAGGGUAAAGUCCGCGAGGUUCCAUAUUAG